ACGGGAAGGGAAAACAAAAGUUUCAAUAGCCUCAACUGUACGGCAACAGCACACCAGUAUUGGCAGGAGAAAAAUAAAACGGUGGCGACACUGAAAAUAAACUUAAUGUAAGGGCGAUUUCAACAGGCGAGCUGUUUUAAGGAUCAUUGGUUGUCUUUGAGAUUACUUUCCCACGUCGUUACAAUGGGGCUGCCGACACUGGAAUUCAGCGAUUCUUUCUUGGACAGUCCUGAUUUCAGGGAACGUCUGAAAUGUCAUGAAAUUGAGUUGGACCGGACGAACAAAUUCAUUAAAGAACUUAUCAAAGAUGGAAAUAUGUUAAUCACUGCGCUGAAAAAUCUGUCGGCGGCCGUGCAGAAGUUCUCGCAGUCGCUCCAGGAGUUCCAGUUUGAGUGCAUCGGUGACGCAGAGACGGAUGAUGAGAUUAACAUCGCUCAGUCUUUCAAGGAAUUUUCUCAGCUGCUCAAUACAGUAGAAGAGGAGAGAAGACGUCUGAUACAGAAUGCCGAUGACGUCUUGAUCACACCACUGGAGAAGUUUCGCAAGGAGCAAAUUGGUGCUGCCAAAGAAGGAAAGAAGAAGUUUGACAAGGAAACGGAGAAGUACUACUCGGUUUUAGAGAAGCACCUGAAUUUAUCAUCCAAAAAGAAAGAGUCCUUUCUACAGGAGGCAGACACCCAGAUUGACAAGGAGAGGCAGCUCUUUUGUGAUGCCUCCCUCGAGUACGUCUUCAAAAUCCAGGAAGUGCAAGAGAAGAAAAAAUUUGAAUUUGUUGAACCGCUCCUGGCUUUCCUCCAGGGCCUGUUCACCUUCUACCAUGAGGGCUACGAGCUGGCACACGAGUUUGAGCCAUACAAGCAGCAGCUGCAGUUCAAUCUGCAAAAUACGAGGAACAACUUUGAGAGCACCCGGCAGGAAGUGGAGAAGCUGAUGAGGAGGAUAAGGUCCGCAGACCAGGACUACAAAGCUCCAGGGCAGUGGACUAUGGAGGGCUUUCUCUACGUCCAGGAAAAGAGACCCCUUGGCUGCACAUGGAUUCGGCACUACUGCACUUACGAGAAAGGGAGCAAGACGUUCACCAUGAGCAACUCAGAAAAUAAGUCUGGCAGCAAACAGAACGGUCUGAUCACAAGUCCACCCGAAAUGUUCAAGCUCAAGUCCUGUAUCCGGAGGAAGACGGACUCCAUUGACAAGCGCUUCUGCUUUGACAUCGAGGUGGUGGAGAGAAAUGCCAUCUGUCACGGAAGUCUUUUCAGACCUCUGAAAAUUUUCUGUAAAGUCCGGCACGGCAUCAUCACUCUGCAGGCGCUGUCUGAAUCCAACAGGCGGCUCUGGCUGGAGGCCAUGGAUGGCAAGGAGCCGAUAUACACCCUUCCUGCUCUUCUGAGCAAGAAAGAAGAGAUGUUUCUAAAUGAAGCCGGCUUUAAUUUCGUGAGGAAGUGCAUUCACUUGGUGGAGAUAAGGGGAAUUAACACCAUGGGACUCUACAGAAUAGGAGGAGUUAACUCUAAAGUGCAGAGGCUGAUGACUUCAGUUUUUGCGGCCAAGGCGCCCACAGAUAUGGACCUCGACCCCGACACUUGGGACAACAAGACCAUCACCAGCGGCCUGAAAAAUUACCUCAGGUGUCUCUCUGAACCUCUCAUGACUUACCGGUUCCACAAAGACUUCAUCAUGGCUGUCAAGUCAGACGAUCAGAACUACCGGGUCCGAGCUGUACAUGCCCUGGUCCACAAGCUGCCCGACAAGAACAAAGAGAUGCUGGACAUACUGAUCAAGCAUCUGGCCAAGGUGUCCACCCACAGCCAGAUGAACCUGAUGACCGUGUCAAACCUGGGCGUGAUCUUUGGCCCCACGCUCAUGCGCUCGCAGGAGGAGACUGUGGCAGCCAUGAUGAAUAUCAAGUUCCAGAACAUUGUGGUGGAAAUCCUCAUUGAGAACUACGAGAAGAUCUUCCACCAAGCCCCGGACCCAAACGUACCACUGCCCCAGCCUCAGUCGCGGUCCAGCUCCCGCCGGAGCAAGGCCAUCUGCCUGUCCACAGGCCCCAGGAAGCCCAGAGGCCUGUACACCCCCACGCUCUGCCUCGCCGACGCAGACAGUGACACGUUCAGCAGUAGCCCCGGCAGCACCCCCAUGGGCAGCAUCGAGUCCCUGUCCUCCCACUCCUCGGAGCAGAACAGCUCGUCCAAGACUGGCUCGUCCUCGCAGCCGCCGGACAAGUCUGCAGGCAGCCCUCACUGGACCCCAUCGCUGGCCUCCUCCAGCGGGCCAAAGAGCCCCGCCUGCACCACGAGCCCAGACUCCAGCUCCAAAGAGGAUGCGGCCAAGACGGACGGCGAGUCCGAGGAUGGCCAGAGCCUGUCCUCUGUCACCACAGCAGGCAAGCGCUCCCCAGCUCUCGAACCCCCCCAGGCGUCGCCUCACGGACUGGCGGACCCACGGCCGGCUGAGCUGAACCGUUCCGCCGCCCCCUCCCUGAGGUCACUCCACAUCUCUGAAGGGCGGAGAAGCUGCAGUGGUUCCAUCCAGAGUCUGGCAUCGCUGGACCAGAGGGACAGCCCAAAGGCCCACCUCAACCCAGAUCUGCCCCCCAAAUUGGUCACCCGUCGCAGACUGGACGCAUCCCCCAGCAACGGCUACCAGAGGCCUGGAUCAGUUGUUGCAGCGAGGGCCAUGCUCUUUGAAAACCCUGUUACUUCACAGCCCACUCCUGUUGGAAGAGACGCCAAGGCCAUGUACUCCUGCAAGGCAGAGCACAGCCACGAGCUCAGCUUCCCCCAGGGGGCGAUCUUCUCAAAUGUGUACCCUUCAGUGGAACCUGGCUGGCUCCAAGCAACAUAUGAAGGCAAAACGGGGCUGAUCCCGGAGAACUAUGUCGUCUUCCUCUAACAAGUUCUGAAGGCAGAGCCAGACGGUACAUUCCAUGGUAUCCAUGGUAACAGUAACCUGUACAAUGAGCAUUGUAACGGCAGCUUCCCGUUAGCAUGGCUGCUCUGGUGAAUUGUCUGCAUAGCUGAUAUGCAGCAAAGGACAAACCUCAACAUAUAGAGUUAUAUACGUAUUGUAAUAUAUACAGUAAGGUGAACAUAUUCUUUUCUGUACAUGGAACUGCAUUAGGUGACAAGUUUCUUUUAUACAGAUAUAUAAAAUGGUCACACAGACUGCCAUACCUGUAAUAAUAUUUUGUCAUAAUGUGUUUAAUGACAU